ACCUCCGGCCCAGGCCUCAACCUCAGCUCCCGGCCUCGGAGGCCAGUACAGUGGUAGCAGUUGGACUGACCAUUGCUGCUGCAGGAUUUGCAGGCCGUUACGUUUUGCAAGCCAUGAAGCAUAUGGAGCCUCAAGUAAAACAAGUUUUUCAAAGCCUACCAAAAUCUGCCUUCAGUGGUGGCUAUUAUAGAGGUGGGUUUGAACCCAAAAUGACAAAACGGGAAGCAGCAUUAAUACUAGGUGUAAGCCCUACUGCCAAUAAAGGGAAAAUAAGAGAUGCUCAUCGACGAAUUAUGCUUUUAAAUCAUCCUGACAAAGGAGGAUCUCCUUAUAUAGCAGCCAAAAUCAAUGAAGCUAAAGAUUUACUAGAAGGUCAAGCUAAAAAAUGAAGUAAAUGUAUGAUGAAUUUUAAGUUCAUAUUAGUUUAUGUAUAUGAGUACUAAGUUUUUAUAAUAAAAUGCCUCAGAGCUACAAUUUUAAAAAAUGAUUUAGCACCAGCUAAAUCUCAAAGCCUUGGUAUAAUUUUCUUGUUUAAAUUUGGGGAUUUUAAAUCAGAUUAUAGUUUAGAAUAUUUGCAUAUUAUGGGCAAGCACACACCAUCUGAAUAGAAACAUUGUUCAUUAUUCAUUUAGCAGAUAAUUUGGGACCUAUGUCUACUUUUCAAGGCAAAGUGAAGAUGACAGUCCUUGCUCUCUUUUAUUUCAUGCAUUAAAAAUAGUAUGAUAAAGAUUUCAGAGUACAGGUCUGGUACAAUCACAGUUCAUUGCAGCCUCAACCUCCUGGGUUUAAGCAGUCCUCCCGCCUCAGCCUCCCAAAGUACUGGGAUUACAGGCAUGAGUAUUAACAUUGUAUUCAGCUAGCCCCUUAAAGGUACUGACCAUUUAUAAAUUAUUCCUUCAGUUGGCUAUUUCUUGACAUAAAUCAAACUUCUGCAAUUGUUAUGAUUAAGCUUAAACACUGUUAGCAAAACUGAAAACUGAAAUGUUCUCAAUAUCAACAUAUUUAAUUUGGACUCUAAAAUUUAUUCACUAAUAAAUUUAAAUGAUGUUUAAAGGCAAAUUACUUACUGUUCGCCUAACAUAAAAUAUAUAAGGAUCUUAACCAGAGGACCUGUAAAAUAAAACAUCUGAUAUAAACUAGUAUGUAUUUCCCAACAGGAGUAUUUCUUAUGUGUAGCUCUAAGAUGAUAAAUUAUACUACCUACCAUCUAAACUUCCUUAAAUCAUCAUAAGGUUCUUAAUUAUUGGAGGAUACAAGGACUUUUGAGGUUAAAAAAAAUAGUGGAGGUAACAUUUACCUGCCGUAUAAAGUAAAGGUAUAUCUGCUCUUUGUGUUUUCUAUCCUAUACCCUUGUUUAAAAUCUGAUGGAGUCUGUUAUGAUUUAUUGUAUGAUGAAACACUGGCUUCUAAGACUUUUAUGCAGGAUAAAUUAUUUCCAGGGACAAGGAGACAUGAAGGUACAGCUGGUUCUUGUUUGUGGUAAUUCUGUUCUUUAAGGUGGCUAUGAACACUGAAUUGGCAAAUAAGGAACAAGUUCCUAAGAGAAACACAGAUUCUGUGACGCUUUGGUCACAAUAUUAUCUGCCAGUCAGUAUAUAACCUUGAUCGACCUGUUUCUGCUUGAAAACAUUCUUUAGUAUUUCAUUAACUUUGAAUUAACAGCCAACAGCACUAUAACUCAUGCUUGGCACAUCACGGCCUUCUUUGCAUUUAAGAACACUUGGUAGCACGCUUCACUACUACUCUUAGGAACCAUCUUAAAACAGCAAAAUCACCAACAAAAAGCACAAACAUGAAACUUGGCACUAAAUAGACCACAAAAAGGAUACCUGUUUAUGGUGUGAGAGCUUAAACAAGAUAAGAGCAUUGCCUUGUGCACAUAAAGUGGUUUAAAUUUUUUGUCAUUCUGCAAAUACUCACAAAUGACCAGAAAAGGAUGUUGAUUUCGGAGUUACAAAUAAAUUUUAGGAGUAGGCAAAUUCACAAAUAAGAAAUUCUAAUAAUGAGGAUCAACUGUAUUUUGGUUUACUAACCUUUUAUUUCAGUCCAUUGGACAAAUCAAAAAAUGUUUCUCUGAACAAGAGCUUUAUGAAGAAAUAGUUGAGACUUAAAAGCAAAUUUUUCAAAGACAGAUAGUGAUAAUAUGCCGACAGGCAAUGAAGCAUUAACUCUAAAAAGGGAAAUUUAACUUAAUAGGUAUAAAUACUUUUGAGUGUUCAGUGCAGACAACAUACCCGUUUUAAGACAGGUGUUAACACAAUGGAAACCACUUAAAAGUAAUACCAAGGAGCACAGCAGAGCACAUUUUUUUCUUGCAUAGUAAUCAGUUUUAUUUUCUCCAGGCUUACCUUUUUUAAGUAGAAGAAUCCAUGUUUCAUUGAAGGCUAUUAGGCAAACUGAACAUUUAAAUGUCAUCCAUGUGAGGGCUCUAGAUCAUGGUAGGUGAUUGAUACAAAUACGAUCCAUAAAAAAACUUUUAUCUUUUACUGGUAUUUUCUUACAAAAUACUUCAUCUGUAACAUUUGAGUACUUACAGUGUACUAGCACUGUGCUAAGUAUUCUUCCCGUAUCUCAGUAAACUAGUUAUGAUGUACAUUUUACAUGUGAGGAAAUGGAAGUUUAGUAAGGUUAAGCACCCAAGGCAACAUGCUGAGGAUGGCUGAUCUUUCUCAGAUCCUGAGUUCCAUUCUCUUAACUUUUUGUACUAUGGCCUUUACAGUUCUGAUAACCUAAGCAUGUUUUCCUUGAUGGUACUGAGAUGUGAGUCUAGUACUUAUCUCUACAGAUCUAGCUUGGGGCCUUUGUCUUUACUCAUUGGUGCUUCCAGAUACAUUUUAAAGAAGGCGGCAUGAUUAAACACACUUAGGGAAUGAGAGGUAGGUUGCCAGUUAAACUUCUGCAGAAGCCAAGUAAACAGAAGCCAGGUAAAUCUGAGCCUUGAGACUUCAGCUUUCUCUGUAAAAGGGAAAGAUACGUGACCAACCUGAAAUUGUGAGGAUUCCUCCACAUUUUAUGGCUUGGGAAACAAAAGUCCAGGGCAAAUGGUCUUUUUUCUAAGGUCCCAUGGCUAGUGAAACUAGAAUGAGGUCCUGGGUGUCCUCUCCAAUUCGCUGUUCAUAUUAGUCCUCAUUAGAAGUUUGUGGGGAAUUCCUAUCUAUAGCCUUCAUAUUAGACCUCAAUAUCAGAGAUUUUUGUGAGUCAGCCUCUUCCCUUGCCUUUACUGGCCAUCUGGGUUGACAUUAUUAGAAAUGAGUCCUGAGGUGCUGUAUAAAAACUGCUUUGUUGGUAAGAAGUGAGCUAUAAUGGGUUGUCCUGGAAAUUAACUCUUUCUCCACCUUUAGUUUUUAAGCAAGUUCUCCUGCCAUCAAGUAUUUUCCAAAUGAUGAGAGUACUUAUGGAAACAUUUAAAUAAAUGGAAAGCCAAUGAGAACAGAGAAAAAUUAGGGAACUAGCUUAAUAUAUUGCCACAUUGAAAGCUGUAUAAAUUCAGUAUACUGAAUAUGUAAUGCCCUCCCAUAAAGAAAACCUAAUAUCAGAAAUGUCUAAAAAUAAAAUUUUACGCAGGCAUAAUGCUUCAUUUAAAGGGUUAGUGGGGUUUUAGGUUAGAAUGCAGAGUUCUGUUUCAAUCAUGAGAAAUUGUAUAAGGCAUCUUUCUGUUGACAGCGACCUAAAAAGUUGUUUUGCAGUUCAGAAGCUUGUAGUAGGUUCACAUUGAGUGCACAUGAUCCUCCAAACAUGUUAAAUCUGAUGAAAAUUUAGAACAUGAAUCAACAAUGUCAAAGAACAGACUAAGCUUAAAAAAAGAAAAAACCCUGUAAAUUUUAUGUAAACAAAGUAAAAAAAAUUACAAUGUAGAAUGCUCUCCUAGGUUUUUGGUCAUGUAAAGUAUCCUGGAAUGAGUAACCUUGAGUACCAGUUAACUUGAAUGACCUAAGCUCUGGUUUUAGUUUUUGGACUGCUGUACAGUGUGCUGUUUAUCAGCUUAGAGCCAACUACUGCCUUAGCAACAAGAUAUAUAUAGGAAGAGCUUCUAUCCUGUGUCACCUAUUAUUCCUGACCCAAUAAUAGAACAGUCCAGUGAUAUGGGAUAAUCUGUUAUGGUUAACAUUUGCUAACACCUUACAGCAGUUUCAGUUAAUGAAAUUUCGAAUAUGUUUACAUUUUUCUUUACAACCUGAAGACAGCCAAGUUAGCUGAAAAAGCCUAGAGGUUGAAAUGUAAGCAACCAAGCAACAAUUAAGUAUAAAUUGUUUAUCUAGAAAAACUAUUGGAAAAUAUUUUUAAUGAAAAUUAGUACGUACAUUUUACAGUUAAUCCAAUUAAGAAGGUACAAAGGGGUAAACUUCCCCCCCAAAAAAAGAACAUCCUCAUCACUGAAAUACAAAGAAGUUCAAGAAGCUAGUAAGUAGCGUACCUAAUAGUGGGGCUGUAAAACUUGUGAAAAAUUACUUUGUCCUUGUUCGGAAUAUCUUAUAGAUUGCAUUCAGCAUAGUGGAAACAUGUCUGGGAUGGAUACAUAUGUAAAACAAACACCACUUAAAUUUGGCAUACUCCUUAUGAGAAUACUUGGGCAUUUGGUUAGAUGUUGCCCAGGGUCUGACAUGUGACUAGACUCAAAUUACUAUUGGAAGGGCCUUAAAGAUAUCAACUAGUCCAGCCCUCUCUGGUUGGAUAAAAUUGAAACCAUAGAGAAAAAGUUAAUAGAGCUAAAAUAGCGUUUUCUAAUUCUGUACGAUUACCUAAAGCAUCUUUUUGAAUUGUCAAAGGAAGAAAUAAGCAAAUGGACUGUGGGAAAUCAUCUUACAAAACUAUAGUUUUUCCAGGGGAAUUUUUGUGUACCUUACCUCAGUACUGGAAAUAAUAGUACAGAAGAUACAGAUGAAUCUGAAAUGAUAUACUGAUAAACUUUUUAAAGAUUUGUAAUUAGAUUGAACCAUAAGAAAUUGUUAAUAGUUGAUCAUUUUUGACCCUUACAAAAGUGGUAAUUUCCUACUGUUCAAUGUAAUGGACUUAAAUCAGUUUUAAGUUAACACCACUUGCUAACAGUCUGACUUCGGCAGAUUGCAGUUACUGCUUUAUUGCAAAAGCUCCUGAAAUAAAACCCAAAUACUAUCAGAGAUUAACAUGGGUUAUGAGCAGCUACAGUCCAUUCAAGUACACGUUCUAAUAAAGAACUAAAAUUAAAAAAAAAAAUAAGGGGCUAGCAAAUUCACUAUAGCAGACAGAUAUUCUUAUGAAAAAGCAUAAGGGAUCCAAAUCACGUAGCAAAGACAGGAAGACUGAGACAAUUAACAAACAUCCUUUUCUUUGGGAUUUUUUGCCAAAACAGUAGAUUCACAGUUCAAAUCCAAGUUCCUUGAAACCUUACAGAAGAAAAUCCAGGUGUAAUAUUCCUUUGCUGCCAUUCUUAACCACCAAUCAUCUGUCCCUGGACAUAGCCUGUUUUCCAUUUUUAUCUGUCCUUAGGCAACAGCCUAUGAGAAGACUAGUUGGUUUGAGCCUCAAAAGUGUAAAUCUGUUUGCAGAGGAUACAAAUGGUGCUGUUUCCCAAUCCAAGAUUUAGUUAACAUACCAACUUUUAUAAGACCCUCCUUAGGUUACAAAACUCUAGACACAGCCAACAGCAGCUACAAAAAUACGUGACUUAGCACAACAGCAAUGGAACCCAGCAUCAUCUCAGGUAAGUUUCUAUGAACUCACCAGUUUGAUGUGCUGCUUCUAAUUCCACAUUAAAAUACAAGAUUAUUUCAAAAUAAAGAUUUGUGUAUUCCUAUUACACUUUUGCCAAUUAUGUCUGAAGUGUUGAGACACCAUUUUGCACAAGUUGUAGCCCCCUUUAAGGCUUAACAAAGGUGAUGCCUAAAGCAAGAAUCCUAGGCCUCCCAAAGCUUCAGGAAAAGCAGGUCAUUUUUGCCACCAUAUAAUCUCAGCUGUUACUUCAUGAUUCCGUUCAGGUGUCAUAUAUGAAUUCACAUAUAUAUUGUGAAACAUUGUUGAAACUGCACAAGAUCUUCCAGAAUACCUUUUUUCCUUCUCUUUAAAGAGGGUCUCACUGGCCCAGAACUGAGUUCAAAUGAUGCUCCCACCUCAGGCUCCUGAGUAGCUAGAACCAAAGACAUAAGCUACCGCACCAGGCUCCAGAAUACAUCUUUUGCUUAAGUGUCUGUUUAGUGUAUACUGGCAAGUUCUUCCCAUAGCAACAUCUCAUCUAACUAGGAGGGCAGCCAAAAAGACGGACCCCUCUCAAAUACAUUUAGAAGGCUACCUGAAUUAAUGGCUACCCUUUGGGGAGUGGGCUCUCUAAAAAAACUGCGUAUUUAUCACAAUUCUGCACUACCUAUAUUUUUUAAAGGACAAGACAUUGGGUUUAGUCAUUUGUAAAGUAAUGAACUUAGUAUGGUUAUUGCUAGAAUGAAGAACUGGUUCAGCUAUACUCACGUUUCUUCCAUUCCCAUUGAAACAAUCUUUAUGGAAAAGGGAUGUUUAGUGUAUCUGACUAUUCUACGUGGGAGAAAAUGAAAAAUCAUUUUCUUUACCAUAUUUACCAAUGUGGCAUUAAUUAAAAUUCUAAUACCUUAUAAUUUUUAACCAAAUUAUGUAAGAGAACUAAGACAAUUUAACCUGUUUCUAGCUUUGAUCGAUUUAAAAAACCACAUUGUGGGUAAUUUUUUUAAAUAUCAGGACAUGAAAUUACUUGAUACCUUUUAUAUAUAAAGGACAGGAGUUGCACUACUCACACCUUACUUUAAAAUUCUGUUACCAAGAACCAAUUAGAAGGCCUCAGGAAAAAGCAAUUAAUACCAGCAAAUUUUAACCUUAAUCAGAAUAAUUUGAGGGCUAGGGUUAUAUAUACUGAGCUGGCAAAUUUUACAUUUUUAACUAUACCCUGAAUUAUCCUUCAGAGCAUAUAAAUUAAAAUCACAUUUUUAUGCACAUAAAAAAUUAACACAAACUGUGCACACAAAAAACACUUUGCAUAUGCCAAAUAAUACAAAGGGCUGUCAUUCUUGUUCAGUGGUCCAUAUAUUGUGGAACAAAGUCUUCCCCUAUGUCUAACAAUUACUUGACCUCACAGUUAGCUGUACUAACUGUUGUACCAUUAUUAAACUUCAUGUCUUUAUCUUCAUAAAAAUUAAGCUCUGGCUAAAACACAUACAUAAAGUUUAAUAACUGAUUUUUGGUCACUGGUAUGAGCGCCUUCAAAAUAAGCUGAGAAUCAAGAAGCAAAUCAUUGGCCUAUCAUUUAAAAAUUGCUUGUCAUAUCUUCUAUCCCCCAUUGUCUUCCAAAGUUGCCUUUGAUUAGAAUUUUAUGUUUUUUUUGCUAAUUAUCACAUGUAUUAUUAAUUACCUAUGCAUCUAACAGCCUAAACUUGUGUUAAGAUUUCAGAGGAUUCAUUACAAAAUGAUUAAGUGGCCAACUGACAUUUUAAUGCUAUUUAUGAGCAAGUAUAAAUGCUUUUUAAAAAGCAAAGUAUACUAUCCUAAGCCUAUUAAUAGCUCCAACUAUUUUGCAACAAUUGGUGUAAAAAGUAGAAAGUUAAAAAAAUUCAGCAAAUGGAAGAUCAAAGUUUAUUUACUACCUGCAUACAAAAACAUAUUGCACAUCAAACAACCGAAAUUAAAAAAAAAAAAAAAAAGGAAAAAAAA